AUGUCCGAUGACAUGCUCAUUCAUUUCUCUUCCAACUCUUCCAACCAAUCAGAUCAGUCUCUCCCCACAAAGAUUGCAAAGUUGGAAGCUCGUAUGGUUGGUAAAGGUUCCUCAACCUCUGCUCAGCAACCAGGUCGGUCCUCUUUGUCUGUUCCUUCGGCUGGGAAAUUUGGAGCUGCAGAAAAUUCGGCUGAACCAUCCACUUCAAGUGAUUCUGAUGAUGAUAAUGGUGGGGCAUUCUUGAUACAAGCCAACACACAGAAGCGCCAAAAACUUCAAGAAGAUGGCAACACUAGUGUUUUUGAACGUGUUGAGGUUGUUACUGAUGGAAAGCAAACUAGUUUGGACGCUGUUGAGACAAAAAUGCAUGUUGAAAUGAGUAGAAAGAAACAUGGUCGUGGAAGAGGGAGUUCUGGUUCAGGUAGAGGCCGGGGUUCCAGAGUUAAUGAUCAGACCAAAACUCCAAUUUCUCCUCCAGCUGUUUUGGCUUCAAAUGGUCAGAUCGAGAAUGUAUACCAUAAAAGUGGCAGACCCAGCGAUCAAUUUCAUAGUAAUAAUUGUGUUUCAUUAGAGGAGGUUGCAUCUUUACAAGCUAAAGUUGUUGCGUUGGAGGAGGAAUUGCGUAAAGCAAAGCAAGAAGCCGUUGAUUAUCAGAACCUUACUCAACAGCUAGAAAAGGAAAUGAAGGAAAUGACUGAUCAUGAACAACAAAUGAAGCCUAAGAGAAUGAAAAUAAUAUCUGACUUGCUGAUAUCUGUUUCAAAGGCUGAAAGACAAGAAGCAAGGCUGAAAGUACGACAAGACUCAUUGAGACUUGGAAAUGUUGGUGUAAUCAGAGCUGGAACUGUCAUAUCUGAAACCUGGGAAGAUGGUCAAGCUUUAAAGGAUAUGAAUGCCCAGCUUAAACAACUAAUUGAAACGAAGGAGGCAAUCGAGCGGCAUCGCAAAUUGUUUAAGAAAAAGCAAUCUGAUAAGGGUGAUGGAACAGAUGCAGAGGCUGGAUUACCAGAAGAUAUUCUAAUUCACGAUGAAAUUUACAAAUGUCGAUUAGCUAGCCUUAAAAGAGAAGAGGAAAUUAUUUUGCGAGAGAGGGAUCGUUAUGAAACAGAGAAGGGGAGAUUAAUUCGUGAGAUGAAACGUAUACGGGAUGAAGAUGGUUCACGGUUUAACAACUUCCAGAUUCUAAAUCAUCGUUAUGCCCUUCUUAAUCUUCUUGGGAAGGGAGGAUUUAGUGAGGUGUACAAGGCUUUCGACUUGGUGGACCAUAGAUAUGUUGCUUGCAAGCUUCAUGGUUUAAAUGCUCAAUGGAGUGAAGAGAAGAAGCAGAGUUACAUAAGACAUGCAAUUCGGGAGUAUAAUAUUCACAAGACUCUUGUACAUCGUCACAUUGUUCGUUUGUGGGACAUCUUUGAGAUUGAUCAAAACACAUUCUGCACUGUUCUAGAGUAUUGUAGUGGGAAGGAUCUUGAUGCUGUCCUUAAAGCAACACCUAUAUUACCUGAGAGGGAGGCUAAGGUCAUCAUGGUUCAGAUUUUUCAAGGCCUUAUUUACAUGAAUAAAAGAACACAGAAGAUUAUCCAUUAUGAUUUGAAGCCUGGAAAUGUUCUGUUUGAUGAGCUUGGUGUUGCCAAAGUGACUGAUUUUGGUCUUAGUAAGAUAGUUGAGGAUGAUGUGGGAUCUCAGGGAAUGGAACUUACAUCCCAGGGAGCUGGAACAUAUUGGUAUUUGCCUCCUGAAUGCUUUGAGCUCAGCAAGACACCUCUUAUAUCAUCGAAGGUAGAUGUCUGGUCUGCUGGUAUUUUGUAUUAUCAAAUGCUCUUUGGCCGACGCCCUUUCGGGCAUGACCAAACCCAAGAGAGGAUACUUCGUGAAGACACAAUUAUUAAGGCACGCAAGGUUGAAUUUCCCUCUAGACCUACCAUUUCUAACGAGGCAAAGGAUUUUAUCCGACGGUGUCUAACAUAUAACCAGGCUGAGAGACCAGAUGUAUUAACCAUUGCUCAAGACCCAUAUCUCACUUUCUCAAAAAAGUAA